AUGGCUCGCCCAACAGGCAAACAUGCGUGUCUACCGGGUUGGCUGCCCACCCUCCUCGGGUGCUUUCUCCUCUUUGCCUGCUGGAUGUCAAACUGCACCCUUCUGGGCGGCGUCUUCCAAGUCAUGGCAGAUCCGGGUGUAGUGCGUGUCGCCUACUACUUCGUCGGAUCACAAACUGUCGCUGCCCUCAUCUAUGCCACGCUAAACCUCCCUCCGGGCUUGCUUAUUCUCCUUUUUGGUCAGUUGGCUCCUUUUCAUCUCUUCUUUUCUCUUCCCACUUUGUGA